AUGAAUCGUCUUCUGGAUUGCCUCGAAAAAUGCUGUCCGAAAACGCGAAGACCAACCACCAAAUGUGCAUCACCAGAAUUGACAUUCCGUACGGAUUGUGUGACAGAACCUGUUACCUGCGUGACACAACCUGUUACGUGUACGACACCACCUGUUACCUGUACAACACCGCCUGUUACCUCUCCGCUUCCAGUACAAGAGGAUCCAAUUGUUGGUGAUGCUUUUAUCUUUGACGACCCCACGACAACCGAAGAUCCAACUACUACUACCACUGAAGAAAUUACAACGACGACUACGGAAUCGACGACUACGGAAUCGACGACUACGACAACCGAAGAUCCGACCACAACAACAACGGAGGAACCUACUACAACUACUACGGAGCGGUGCAAAUGCUGCAAGAAUUGCAAAGUAUGUAUGGUUUGUGAUGACGAGGACUCGUGAUGCGUUGUUCAGCAACGUACAAUAGUAUUGAUAACGUAACAUCGACGGAAAUGUUAGACCACAUUCGAGUAACAGAAUUGAGUGAUUGAAGUCUUUCCUUAUAAGGCAGAAUUUUAGCAACUAAAACUAGGUGGUUUGCACAAGUGUGGCGGUUUUGAUCAAAUUAAAUAAUAUGCAAAAAUACUAAACAUUGACCAAAACACCAAAUUAAUUGGGGUGUAACUGUUUCAUUAUUCACUUUUUCAAA